AUGUUGAAUUUCAUUGUUACCUGUCAGCUAAAUGUAGCUUUUGUAACCCUUCAGGUUAACUUCACAGUGGAUCAAAUCCGUGCCAUCAUGGACAAGAAGUCCAAUAUUCGUAAUAUGUCUGUAAUAGCACAUGUGGACCACGGUAAAUCCACCCUCACCGACUCGCUGGUGUCCAAAGCCGGGAUCAUCGCAUCGGCUCGAGCAGGAGAGACCCGUUUUACAGACACGCGCAAAGACGAGCAGGAGCGCUGCAUUACGAUCAAAUCAACGGCUAUCUCUAUGUACUAUGAGCUGAGUGACAAUGACUUGGCAUUCAUAAAACAGAGCAGAGACGGUUCUGGAUUUCUGAUCAAUCUGAUCGAUUCCCCUGGUCAUGUGGAUUUCUCCUCUGAGGUGACAGCUGCUCUGCGGGUCACUGAUGGAGCACUAGUCGUGGUUGACUGUGUCUCAGGUGUUUGUGUGCAGACAGAGACGGUGUUAAGGCAGGCGAUUGCUGAACGUAUUAAGCCUGUGUUGAUGAUGAAUAAGAUGGACAGGGCUCUGCUGGAGUUGCAGUUGGAACCAGAGGAACUCUAUCAGACCUUCCAACGCAUUGUGGAGAAUGUCAAUGUUAUCAUUUCUACCUAUGGAGAAGAUGAGGGUGGACCAAUGGGCAACAUUAUGAUCGACCCAGUGAUUGGUACUGUAGGAUUCGGGUCAGGUCUCCACGGCUGGGCCUUCACACUAAAGCAGUUUGCUGAGAUGUAUGUGGCUAAGUUUGCAGCCAAGGGGGAUGCUCAACUAGGUCCCGCUGAGCGCAGUAAAAAAGUGGAAGACAUGAUGAAGAAACUGUGGGGAGACAGGUACUUUGACCCAGCCAAUGGUAAAUUCAGUAAAUCUGCAACAGGCCCUGAUGGAAAGAAGCUGCCUCGUACCUUUGCUCAACUCAUACUUGAUCCCAUUUUCAAGGUGUUUGAUGCAAUCAUGAACUUUAAGAAAGAGGAGACGGCUAAGCUAAUCGAGAAGCUGGACAUUAAGCUAGACACAGAGGAUAAGGAUAAAGAAGGUAAACCGCUGCUUAAGGCAGUGAUGCGGCGCUGGCUUCCUGCAGGAGAGGCCCUGCUUCAGAUGAUCACCAUCCACCUGCCCUCCCCAGUCACUGCUCAGAAAUAUCGCUGUGAGCUGCUCUAUGAGGGUCCUGGAGACGACGAGGCAGCAAUGGGUAUUAAGAACUGUGACCCCAAGGCUCCUCUGAUGAUGUACAUCUCUAAGAUGGUGCCUACCUCUGAUAAGGGACGUUUUUAUGCUUUUGGUCGUGUGUUCUCUGGUUGUGUGUCCACUGGUUUGAAGGUUCGCAUUAUGGGACCAAAUUUCACCCCUGGAAAGAAGGAGGAUCUUUACAUUAAACCCAUCCAGAGGACCAUUCUGAUGAUGGGCCGUUAUGUGGAGCCCAUUGAGGAUGUGCCAUGUGGGAACAUUGUGGGCUUGGUUGGUGUGGACCAAUUCUUGGUGAAGACAGGAACCAUUACAACAUAUGAACAGGCACACAAUAUGCGUGUGAUGAAGUUCAGUGUCAGCCCUGUUGUAAGGGUGGCAGUAGAGGCCAAAAAUCCUGCUGACCUGCCCAAACUGGUGGAGGGCCUGAAGAGACUGGCAAAAUCUGACCCCAUGGUGCAGUGUAUCAUCGAAGAGUCUGGGGAGCACAUCAUUGCAGGGGCUGGGGAACUUCAUCUGGAGAUCUGUCUCAAAGAUCUGGAGGAGGAUCAUGCGUGUAUUCCAAUCAAGAAAUCAGAUCCAGUUGUCUCUUACAGAGAGACUGUGAGUGAAGAGUCAAAUCAGAUGUGUCUGUCCAAGUCACCUAACAAGCACAAUCGGCUGUUUAUGAAGGCACGACCUUUCCCUGAUGGCCUGGCCGAGGACAUAGAGAAGGGUGAAGUGACAGCCCGUCAGGAGCUGAAAGCCCGUGCACGCUACCUGGCUGACAAGUAUGAAUGGGAGGUGACAGAGGCUCGUAAGAUCUGGUGCUUUGGACCUGAUGGGACUGGACCUAACAUACUAGUGGAUGUGACCAAGGGUGUACAGUACCUGAGUGAGAUCAAGGAUAGUGUGGUGGCUGGUUUCCAGUGGGCUACUAAAGAGGGUGCUCUGUGCGAGGAGAACAUGCGUGCCAUCCGGUUUGACAUCCACGAUGUGACGCUGCAUGCUGAUGCCAUCCACCGUGGUGGAGGCCAGAUCAUUCCCACUGCACGCCGUGUCCUGUAUGCCUGCCAGCUCACCGCUCAGCCGAGACUCAUGGAACCCAUCUACCUGGUGGAGAUCCAGUGCCCAGAGCAAGUUGUUGGUGGGAUCUAUGGUGUGUUGAACAGGAAACGUGGUCAUGUGUUUGAGGAGUCCCAGGUCAUGGGUACACCCAUGUUUGUUGUCAAGGCCUACCUGCCUGUCAAUGAGUCCUUUGGUUUCACAGCUGAUCUACGCUCUAACACUGGUGGACAGGCUUUCCCUCAGUGUGUGUUUGACCACUGGCAGAUCCUACAGGGUGAUCCAUUUGAGGCCACCUCCAAACCCACCCAGAUCGUUGCAGAAACCCGUAAACGCAAAGGUCUGAAAGAGGGGAUCCCUGCUCUUGAUAACUUCCUGGACAAGUUAUAA